AUGGCCGAGGAAAAGAGUGAAAAAGUAGUGCUGGAAGAAACUGCAUUUGAAGAAAUCGAAAGAGAUUUUCAGGAGGUUCUCAGUGAACUUUCAGGGGACAAAAGUCUGGAGAAAUUUAGGAUUGAAUAUGAGAAGCUUCACGCUGUCAUGAAAAAGUCUUAUGAAAAUGAAAAGCGCCUGAUGGCCAAAUGCAGAGAGCUCAAUGCGGAGAUUGUGGUUAAUUCCGCGAAGGUCGCCACCGCCCUGAAGCUCUCUCAAGAUGAUCAGACCACCAUCACGUCCUUGAAAAAGGAGAUCGAAAAGGCCUGGAAGAUGGUGGACUCAGCCUAUGAUAAAGAGCAGAAGGCGAAGGAGACGAUUCUUGCCCUGAAAGAGGAAAUAGUGAACCUAACCAAACUAGUCGAGCAGGGGUCUGGACUGACAAUGGACCAGGAUAGCAAUAUCCGGGAUUUACUGAAGUUCAAAGAAGAAGUGACAAAGGAGCGAGACCAGCUCUUGUCAGAAGUGGUGAAAUUACGGGAGUCCUUAGCUCAGACCACUGAACAGCAGCAGGAAACGGAGCGAAACAGAGACGAGGCAGAGCACGCCAUCAGUCAGUUCCAACAAGAAAUCCAGCAACGCCAGAAUGAAGCUCUGAGGGAGUCUCGGAAGAAGGAAAAAAUAGAGAAGGAGCUCAAGCAGAUUCAGGUGGACAUGGACACCAGGCAGACGGAAAUCAAGGCCCUGCAGCAGUACGUGCAGAAGAGCAAGGAGGAGCUUCAGAGGCUGGAGCAGCAGCUGAAGGAGCAGAAGAUAUUGAAUGAGAGAGCUGCAAAGGAACUGGAGCAGUUUCAGAUGAGAAAUUCUAAACUUCAGCAAGAGAACGAACAGCACAGUUUGGUUUGCGAGCAGCUAUCCCAGGAAAACCAGCAGAAGGCACUGGAGCUCAAAGCCAAAGAGGAAGAAGUUCAUCAGAUGCGCAUUGACAUCGGGAAGCUCAACAAAAUCAGAGAGCAAAUCCAUAAGAAACUGCACCAGAUCGAAGACCAAAAGGCAGAAGUGGAACAGCACAAGGACACUCUAAAAAAUCAGAUCUUGGGAUUAGAGAGAGAGGUGGAGGCAUCAAAGAAACAAGCCGAAUUUGAUAAGAAAGCAAUGGAUGAGCUUCUGAGAGAAAGGGACAUGUUAAAUAAGAACAUGCUCAAGGCAAUCCACGCGACCCAGAAACAGGUAGACCUGGUGAAGCUCCAUGAACAAUCCAAGAGGAACCUGGAGGAAGAAAUCCAGAACUACAAAGAUGAGGCUCAGAAGCAGAGAAAGAUCAUCUUUCAACUGGAAAAGGAGAGAGAUCGGUACAUCAAUGAAGCCAGUGACCUCACCCAAAAGGUCCUCAUGAACAUGGAAGACAUAAAAGUUCGUGAAAUGCAGAUUUUUGACUACAAAAAGAAAAUCGCUGAAUCAGAGACUAAAUUAAAACAGCAGCAGAACCUGUACGAAGCCGUGAGGUCAGACAGGAAUCUGUACAGCAAAAAUCUGGUUGAAGCCCAGGAUGAAAUAACGGAAAUGAAGAGAAAGUUAAAGAUCAUGACCCAUCAGGUAGAUCAGCUGAAGGAAGAAAUCUCUGCCAAAGAGUCAGCGCUGGUGAAGCUCCAUCUGGAACAGCAGCGGAUAGAGAAAGAGAAGGAAACGCUGAAGGCGGAGCUGCAGAAGCUGAGGCAACAGGCCCUGGAGACGAAACACUUCAUUGAAAAGCAGGAAGCGGAAGAGAGGAAACUCCUGCGCAUUAUUGCCGAGGCCGAUGGGGAGAGGCUGAGGCAGAAGAAGGAGUUAGACCAGGUCAUCGGCGAGAGAGAUAUUCUCGGGUCGCAGCUGGUUCGGCGCAACGAUGAGUUGGCUUUGCUCUAUGAGAAGAUCAAGAUCCAACAGUCGGUGCUGAACAAAGGCGAGAGCCAGUACAACCAGAGGCUGGAGGACAUGAGGAUCCUCAAGCUAGAGAUCAAGAAGCUUCGCCGGGAAAAGGGGAUUCUUGCCAGGAGUGUGGCUAAUGUCGAGGAACUCAGACAGGAGCUUUUUCACAUGCAAAGAGAGUUCAUGAAGGAGAGGACGCGGUGCCGAGCCCUGGAGGAGGAGCUGGAGAACCCCAUGAACGUGCACAGAUGGAGGAAGCUUGAGGCCAGUGACCCCAGUACCUAUGAGCUGAUACAGAAAAUUCAUACCCUGCAGAAGCGUCUCAUCAGCAAGACAGAGGAGGUGGUUGAAAAAGAGCUGCUCCUUCAGGAAAAGGAGAAACUGUACGUGGAACUAAAGCACAUCCUGGCCCGGCAGCCGGGCCCCGAGGCCGCAGAGCAGCUGCAGAUCUACCGCAAAACGCUGCGUGAGAAGAGCAAGCAGCUGAAGGUUAUGUCUUCAGAACUGAAUAUGUAUGAAUCACAGAGUGAAGAAUAUAAGUUUGAGCUGGGAAAACUUAGCAAUGAACUAAUGAAUUUAAAGAAGAAAUACCUCGCUCAGAAACGUAAAGAACACCUUCAGAAAAACAAGAACAGAUCACCCAUGGAUCUCACCUACUCACUGGCCAAGCCAACUGGCCCUCGCUUUACAGGGGGUGGAUUUCCCCUCCACAACUCAUCCCAAGUGAAAUCCUAACUCGAAGCUGCUGGCUGGGUCCAGUUGAACUACUCAUGAAAUUUGCUCUGGAACAUUUUGGAGAAAUCUCUUUCCAACUCCUUAGAUAUUUAUGGAAAUCAGUGCUCAGAUUACAGGAUGGAAAGAAAUGCAGAACUCUCAUAGUUGUGUAUUUAUAAGAGUGAUGACAUUCUACUUGGUCCACAUGGAUAUUAACAGAUUGUAAUUAUAUCUGUUCAAUUAGGCUGACCCAUUGCAUGAAGCAGAUCUUUUGUUACUACUAUGUUGAUUGAUUUGAAAUGCGUCACAUCUAGACACUCUGUAUGGACGACGCUGUGGAUCUUUAUUUCUCUAUCAUAGACAUUGGUGCAUUUGAAGAGGUUUCAUAUGUAAAAAAUAUUUUUAAAAUGCAGUGCAUUCCUAUUAAUAAGACUCUAUUUUAAUUAUUCCUACUUACAAUUAAAU